AUGUCAUCAACUUACAGAAAAUUGGGGAUUGAAUUUAAACCAUUUACGAAAGACUAAAUUUCAGACUCAAUUGCUUAAAUUUAAUCAAUGAGAUUAGAACAGAUACUUGUUGGAGAGAGUGAAUAGUUUGAUUGGAAUAAUUUACUUUAAAAGCCGGAGUUAGUUGAUUGUGUAAAUUUAGACUAGAUUUAACCAGAAUUAGAAGAAGAAAAAUAAAUUGGUAAGUUGAGUGCUAAAAAGACAUUGUUUUUAUUCAAAAUAGAUGAUCCAUUUAGAAGAAACGUUACCACAUUUUUAAGCAAGAAGUAAUAUAAGUUCUAUAAUUAGAGGUUUAAGUAAUUUUAUAAUAGGAAUAACAAUCUUAAAUAUUGUUGCCUACUGUAUUCCUUAGAGUAAAUUAUCUAUUGGAAUUGAAGUAGUUUGUAAUAUAUUUUUUGGGGUGGAAAUAAUUUUAAGAGUGAUUUCUUAAGGAUUAAUCUUUGAAGAAAACACUUAUUUAAAAGAUAAAUGGAAUUUUAUUCAUUUCAUAACUUUUAUUUUUUCAUGGUUUAUAUUGCUUGAUAGUGAUCAUAUAAUAUUUAAAAUAUUUAAAGCAAUAAGAUUAUUAAGAGUAAUAAGAUUACCAGUAGAAAUAACCCCAAUUAAGAUUUAACUUGAUGCAUAUAUUAGUAGUUUUUCUAAAUUAGGAAUAGUAAUAGUACCUUUUAUAUUUUUUUUGCUUUUCUUUAGUGUAAUAGGAUUACAUUUUUUUAUGGGUUUAACAACAAUGAGAUGUAGAAUAACUCCUGAACCUGAUUAUGAAAAUGGUGAAUGGGAAGCAUCAGAAGAAGCUCCUCAUUUAUGUGGUAUUUUUGAAUGUCCUGAACACUUAACUUGUGGAAGUCCAUAUUAAUAUGGUUUAAAAUGGAAUGAAAAAGAAAAUGAUUCUGAAGAAUUUAUGUGGAAUUUUUCUAGAUUUGAUAAUUUACCUUAAUCAUUAUUAGUAAUCUUUACAUAUUUUUGUUUAAUCGGAUGGUCAGAAACUAAUUAUAUGGUAAUUUUAUUAUUCUCAUCUUAGUUCUGGAAAGCUAUGCCUACAUAUUUUACAGCUGGUUUCUUUCUUAUGGUUUUAGUUUUCUUAGCAUUUAUAUUUUCAAAUUUAUUACUUGCCACUUUUUAUGAAUCUUUCAUUGUUAAAUCAUCUAUUAAAAAUUCUCACUUAAAAGUUAAAAAACAAUAAUAAUAAAUUGAAACUGAAAUUUAACAAAAAAAAUAAUAAUAAAUGACUGAUAGAUUAGCUCUUAUGAGUAAAAAAAGAAAGAGUAUGAAAAAAGAAUAAACUCAAAAUACAAAUUUUACUCUUUAUUUUUAAGAUUAAUAAUCAUUAGGGAUAAAAAAUAGAAUUUCAUUUACUAAUAUAUCAAAUGAAUUGUCUGAAUCAAUAUAUUUUGCUUUUUUUAAUAAUGUUGUAAUAAUUUUAUGUACACUCUCAAUUGUUAUUGAUUAUGAUGGAAUUGAUGAUGCUACACUUGUUAAAUUAUAAAUAAUUGAAUUUUGUUGUACUCUUUAUUUUUAUUUUGAAUUAUUAAUCUUUCUAUUUGCAAGAGGCUUUAGAAAUUAUUUUAAAAAAUAAGUUAAUUAUUUAGACUUCUUAGCAAUUAUAUCAUAAUUGAUAUUAUUUUGUGUAUUAUAUGCUUUAGAAGAGAAUGUAAUUAUAAAUUAAAAUAGAACAAUAUAAUUGUUUAAGGCUAUUAAAUUAAUACGUGUAAUAAAAUUUUCAUACUCAGCAAAAAUAUUUUAUCAUAUAAGUAUAUUAACAAGAGCUGCUAUUUAGACAAUUUCUAAACUCAAAUCAAUAAUAUCUUUAUGGAUUGUCUUUGCUAUAUUUGUAGCUUUAUUGGGGAAUGCAUUAUUAAAGUAGUAAUUAUCUGAUCAUGAAACUGUAAUUCAUUAUAAUGAUUUUGGUAAUUCAUUAAUGGGAGCAUUCAAUAUAUUUUAUAAUGAAGAAUGGCAUCUUACAAUGUAUAGAUAUGGAAGAGUAACUCCUAUUUCCUUUAUUUAUCAUAUAAUAUUUAUACUUUUAGGGUAGGUUAUAUUCAUUAAAUUAUUAUCAGCAGUAUUUUUAAAUGAAUUUACAAAACAAGUAAAAAUAUAAGAAUAAAAUGUAAGACCUAUUGAAUAUAAAUAAACAGCUAUAGAGUUAAUAACAACAAUAAGAAAUUUUACUGUAAUCAAAUUUUAUUCAUUAUUAUAGUCUUCAAGCUAAUUACGAUCUUCUCAUCAUUUAGCAAGAGGUGUGUCUAACUUUCCAGGUAAUAGAUCUUUGAUAUCUAAUGUUAGAUAAGGAAUUCUAAGAAAUUUAAGAUUAAAUAAAAGACCAACUAAAAUAAUCUAACCUGAGAAUCAAAUGGAUUUAGAUAAUUUAGAUUUUUUAAAAGAAUAAUAGCCAAAUCCUAAUCAACCUUAAUUCAAUGAAAAUGAAAAUGAUGAAUUUUUACAUUAACCUUAACCAAUUUAAUAAAGAUCAAGAGAUUUAAGUGUUCAAUUGGAUUAAAAUAUAUAAACUAGUCAAUAAUAAAUUUAGACAAGAAUUUAAGUUAUGAAAACAAUGUAUUUAUUUAAAUUAGAUAAUCAAUUUCGAUAGCAUGUUUAAGAAAUAAUUAAAUCAAAAAUAUUUAAAGUUCUAGGAUUCAUAGCAGUUGGAUUAUCAGCUGUAAGAAUUAUUUUAUUGACACCAAUGUUAGAUCCACAUUCUGAUUUAUAUACAAGUUUAGACAUUUUGUAUAUAAUAACAACAGCUUUAUAUUGUUUAUUCAUUGUUCUUCAUAUAAUUGCACAUGGAUUGUUCGGAUAAGGAGAUGCCUUUUUAACAUAAUCAUUUUAUAAUGUUUUAAAUUUUAUAAUAACUGCUGUUGAAAUUGUUGUUGUUGCAACUUCAACUAGAAAUCAUGUUAUUAAUUUUAUUUCAAGUUUAAGGGUUUUUGAAUUUAUUAAAUUAGGGGCUGAAGUUACUCAUAGCAUAAAAUAUGCAUAAAUUGCUUUAAUAAAUGCUCUAGUUAAAAUGGUAUAAUUGAGUAUUUUUUGUUUUAUUCUUUUUAUACUUUAUGGAACAUUUGCAAUGAAACUUCUUAAAGGAUUAAAUUAUUAUUGUACUGGAAUAGAAUUAGAAGAAAAUGAGAUUCAUUCUAAGAUUGAUUGCAUGGAUUAUGGAGGUUCAUGGUAAAAACAUAGAUUAGGAUUUGAUAAUAUUUUGGAUAGUGCUUUAACUUUAUUUGUAACUGUAACAUCAGAAGGUUGGUCUCCAAUUAUGGAAUAAAUUUGGUCAAUAAGAGGAUAGAACAAAACACCAGAAGAAAAUUAUAAUAGAUAUUGGGCUAUAUACUUUUAGGUUAUUUUUUUUAUUGGUAAUACAUGUAUGCUCAAUAUGUUUAUUGGAUUAGUAGUAAGUACUUAUGAUGAAUCUAAAUUAAAAGCAGAGGGUACUUUUGAAUUGGAAAGUAAUCAAAGAGAAUGGUUUGAUAUUAAAAAAUCAAUACAUAAAUUAUAACCAAAAGUAAAAUCUAGAAAACCAAAAACAUUUAUAAGGAAGAUAGCAUUCUUUUUAAUUAAAAAUGUAUACCUAAAGAAAAUUUAUUUGAUGAUUAUUUUUAUUAACACUUUAUCAUUAAGUUUACGUUAUGUUAAUUAGGAAUACCAUUUUAAAAGAUCUUUAGAAAUAAUUAAUUUUGUUUGCAUUAUUAUUUUUAUAUUUGAAAUUGUAAUUAGAUUUAUAGCAAAAGAUUUUAAAAUAUAUUUUAAGGAAUUGAUAAAUAUAAUAGAAAUAUUUGGUAUUUGGAUAUGUUUAGCUGAAAGAAUAAUAGAUGAAAAUGGAAAUGGUGAAUUUUAUUUUACACGUUGUUUUAAGGCUUUUUCAGUGGCAAUAUAAAUGUUAAGAAACUUUAGAAUAAUUAAGUAUUAUUAGAUUAUUAAUUUUAAGACGUUUCAAUAAAAUAGAAAGAUUAUUUCAUUCAAUAUUUUCUGUAAUACCAAAUGCAUUAUCAAUGUUAUACAUAAUGUUUGUAUUCCUGUUUAUCUAUACAAGUCUUGGAAUAGAUAUAUUUUGUUAUUUAAGACCCUAGAAAUAUAUAGAUGAUUUUGAUGUACAUUUUAGAAAAUUUACAACUGCAAUGUUUUCUUUGGUUAGAGUUGCAAGUUCAGAAUUAUGGUGGGAAUUAUUGGUAGAUGCAUUACAUAUUUAAAGUCCUGAUUUUGCAUGUAUAGAGAUAGAAACUUAUGAAGAUUUUCAAAAAUAUGGAUAUAAUGGAUGCGGUACGAAAUUGGCUUAUGUAUAUUUUAUUACAUUUCACUUAAUAUUUUCUUUGGUUUUGCUUAAUUUAUUUAUAGCUUCAAUUUUGGGAGCUUAUGAAGAACAUGCUAAAUAAGAAUAGAAUGCAAUAUCUAAAUAUUAAUUAAAUGAUGUAUUGUCAUAUUGGGUUGAUUAUGAUCCAUAUGGAACUGGUUUUUUGAAUUAUAAAUAAUUUUGGAAACUUUCUUCAUAAAUUGCUAUAUGUUUUGGAGUUAGUGGAAAAGACUUGUUGAACCCAGCAAAUAAAAAGAAUUUUUUAAAGAUUCUUAACAUUCCUUUAUAUGAAGAAAAGAAUGGUUUACUUGGAUAUUUAUUUCAUGAUGUAAUUGUAUCUCUUACUAAGAUUAGUGUUGAAUUAAAAUAUGGAGUAAAAGAGUAAUUAUUAAUUUUAUUAUUAAAUAGUUUAGAGAAAAAAAAUUAAUUAGACACUGAAUUUCAUCAUGAUUAUUAUAAUCAAUUUGUUAAAACAUAAUAUAAUAGUGGAUAAAUGACAGCUAUUAUAUAUUUAUAAAAUAAGGCAAGAACUUUGAUAAAUAAAAGAAGAGGGAUCAAUUUUUUAAAUAUAGAAGCUUUAAAAUAAGAAUUAUAACAAUAAGCAGAAAACUAAUGA